AUGUUUGGCGUGACAGAGCUGCCAAUUGGCUCCGACUGUGCUCUGCAGAAACGAGGCCACGAGCAUCGACUGGCCACCUCCGUUGCGGGUGGUGGAGGUGGUGACAGCUGCAACACUGACACAGAGCUCCUCUUCAAUUCCCACCCCCAUUCCAAGACUCUGAUGCGUGGGGUAAACCGCACAGAGCAUCAUGAAACAAAACAUGGAGACAAGGUAGGGGAGGAAGAAGGGAGGCGUCUCGACACUGCUGGCAUUGAAGCGGCAGGAGCUUCCAGCAGUCGCUCGUUUCGUGUACGCCUGACACAUCAUUAUAGCCCAAAGACGUAUGCACAGUCAUUGAACCCGUCGGGGAGUGCGUCCCUAUCACCAUAUGAGACAGUGGCACCCUGGUUGGGGGCUGCAGAGAGGCGUGACCGGAGCAACACACAAUGGGAGCCCUCUGUGGAGCACCAGUCUCGUGAUUGCCAACAAAACAGCCAUCAAGAAAGGGAAUUUCAUAGCGCUAUGGAGGUCACGGACCACAAAACAACAGGACGCUUCGAGUCACACGCAACACCAACAACAACGAGAACGAGGGGAAGUCAAUUAGUGAGAUCUUUCGUAAGUUUAGAGGAGAGGCCAACACAAAGAGCCCAAGAGCAACGUUUGGCUCACGAGGGAGAGGCACAACUACGACGAGAAUACGAAGCUAAGAUCGCUGAGCUUGAGGGCGUCAUCCAUGCGAAGCAGCGUGCCGUCUUUGAUGCAGAGGCUGCUCUUGUACAGAAGGAUAUAGAACAUCAAACUGCUAGAGCAUCAAUGGCCCAGAGGCUUAAUGAAGAAGCUGCAGCCAAUGCUCGGUGCAUGCUGGAAAUGACACUGGAAAAACGUGAAAAAGAAAUAGAGGAUACACAGGAAAUGCUGCGAGCAGAGCAAGCAUGUCUUGCUGGGGCUUUACAACGGGAGGAGGUCCUUCGCAGCAGAUUUCUUGUUGCUGAAGAGACCCGAGUGCUGUACCAACUUUACUUGCAGCGUCUUCUGGAGUUGUUUCGUACGCGUCCAAAAGAAGGAUUUGAUGUCUCUCUAUGCACGGGACCAUUGGUGACAAAUAGAGAUGUGCUGAAGGCAAUAGGAGAGGCGUUGCGCUCAACGGAUGCCGCAACGUAUGGUGAGACCAAUGCCACUUAUGAGUUAACUCCAGAAGGGCGAGGGAGUGGCGAUGUUGAGUUGCAGUCGUCACCCAAACUGUCACAGCAAUUGACGAAUGCCACUUUGCUCAAAAUGUCCAUGCUGGAGUCUGCAGUGUCGGACUGUAUGACACUUUGGACACGUGAGGAGAGGCGGCGUCAUGAGUACUGCAAGCAGACUAUUGAAGCUGUUGUUAAUAGUUGCAGGGAGGAGAUGGAGGCACAACUUACCCUUGUAUUAAGUGUUGUCGGAAAGACGGAGCGGCGCAUCGAUAAAUACGGGAAGAUGGUGUCGACUGCCCUGGGGGAAAUCAUGAAAAGCGGUCAUGAUAACCAAAACUGCGUGGAUGACCUGCAGAGGGAGGUGAAGCGGCUUAACCGUGAAUACGCCCAGUCUCAACGACUGCUGCAACGGGCACAAGCGGAGGUGAGUGGUCUCAAGGACGAGGUUCGACGUAUGGAUGGCGAUCGCGAGGUUGCCCUGCUGAUCCACCGGGCUGCCGAAUGCCUUGAAGAUGUUCGGCAAAGCGUGCGGGGCGCUGUCCGAUCGGCGGCACAAGACAUUGAACGAGGUACGUUAGAGUGUAACACUUUGAAGGAACCGUUUCUUCAGUCAAUGCGUGUCAUUGCACUGAAGGUGGAGGCUCAUGCAGAAAUUGCACGAACGGCGGUUCGGCGAGAGCAACGCGAAGGUGGAGGAGAUCCCAUUGAGACGGUAAUGCGACGACCAUAUUCUGUUGAUGCUGGGGAUGCGCGCCACUUUAUUCUUGGCACACCGCGUUGCAAUUUACGGGGCCUUGAUUGGCAUGCCGCCCAACUACCGAGGGAAGAUGUGGCUGGGGAGUCAAAGAAUCUAUUAAUAUUAGCGGAGUUAAACCGUGUGAUGAAAAAUUUUUGUCAGCUUCUUGAGAACAAUGCACGACAAAUGGAUAAAAACAUGGCAAAUCUGGCUCAAACCAUCGCUAGUUGGGAGGACUCCAUUGUUGGUAAGAUGAAUGAAAUUUGGGGGUUUAUGCGUGAAAUGCUUGCUGCGGGUGGUAUGACGUCAAGACCAAGGCCAGCACUGGCCGUCCAUGAAGGGGUGCAGCGGCAUGAGUGGUGCAACGAGCCACAACUGGCUCUUGGUGGCACGAACACUGACGGUAGCACAAGGGUGUUGAUUCAUCAAACGCCGCCAUUAUUUUCAUCCGCGGCUGGUGGGUUGAAAUCGUCCUGUGCAGGAAGUGUUGCCACAUCUGGUAGCUGCGCGCCUUCCGCAGUCUUUGCGUCAUCCACCACCGGUUCAGUGGAUGCCAGCCGGGCUGCAAAUGCAGCACUCACAUCGUCAUUGCGGCGCGCUCCUCUCGCCCCGCUGCAUGAAGUAGAACUGACGCCUGACGUGCCUACACGCCGUGUCAUGGAGCAGACGUCACCGCCGUCGAUCGCCGUGUCACGGACGCCGACCCCACCACCACCACCACCACCACCACCGUCGUCGCAAGUGAUAAACACGGCUCCACCGUCGCAGCGACCAAUGCAGCAUCAGCAGCAAAAUUAUUUACAUCAGCAGCGACGACUUUUUGCGGAGCCCCCGUACAACUCGCCCCUGCCCGUCAAUGACUCUAUACCCACGCUGCGGAUGCAUUACACAAGGGAGUUGGGUGGCGUUGAAGGGAAUGAGUUGCGGUUAGUGUCUGGUGCCGUUCUUUCUCGACGUGCGGCGGCGUCGUCGUAG